AUGACAUUUAUUAUCAUUAUUAUUAUUAUUAUAUUUCUAGGAUCUCUGAGUGAAAGUAUACAAACAGUCAACUUUGACCUGAAUCCUACAUGUACAGAAGGUCUGCUCUGUGCUAAAAAAGAGGAAAGAUGCCAGGGUGACCACGGAGGGCCCCUAAUACAGAAAAAUCAGCUGGUUGGAGUUGUCAGUAAAAGCCUAGGAUGUAGUUCUGCUAACUCCCCUGCUUCAUUUACACAAGUUUCAAAGUAUAUCAACUGGAUAUCUGCCACAAUGAAAGAAAAUGGAGGGGAUACAACUUUACUCUGCUGAAUGAACCGACCCUAAUUAUUUG